GGUGGCCGCUCCAGGCAGCCCGCGGCCGCGGCGCUGACCACCGGCACCUGCGGGAGGGAGACGAGGGCCCCGGCAGCCAGAAGCCCGGCGCGGCCUCGGGCGUGGGGACCGGGCGGGGACGAGCCCUGCGGCGGCGAUGCGCUUCGGGCGGAAGCGCCCGGAGUGCUACGGCCUCGGAUCUGGCGUUUCCGUGGGGGUGAGGGCGACCGUGGGUGCUGUCGCCGAGCGCGGACGCGAUCGGGGUGCUGGGGCCACGGCCGCCCGCCGCGGGGUUGCGAAACCUGCUAGGCGUGGUCACCUGACCGUUACCCGCCCCCGCUGAGCCUUUGUUUACCGGGAGCGCAGCCGCCGGCCGUCCCGGGGGAGCCCCCGCCCGACCUUCUUAAUUUAGUUCCCAAUGUUCCCCGCCCCCCAAGUCCCGGACACGGGAGGCGAAGACAGUUCGGGCGGCUACGAUUGGGCGCCGCAGGCGGGACCCGGCCGCCGAGUUCCGAGUUUUUAUUGGCGGGGGCUGGUGUCUGGGUGGCCCGCGCCGCGCAGUCCCGCCCUCGCUUGAAGGUGACCUGGAGGACGCGGGCGCCGCGGGAGGGGGGACCAUGGUGGGGGGCGUGCCCCGCGGAGGCGUAGGCGAAGCCGGAGCGGAUGGGCUUCGGGCACAGAGUGACAACAGCGCAGAGAAGCGCGCUGCUGCCAACCUGCCCUUGCCGGCUCUGCGCAGGCUUUGAUAGCGGAGGGUGAACCACAAGGUCCCUUUUGGGGAAGCCUAAGUGUGUCAGCGCUAGCGGAUUUUAAUGAUUCGUUUUUGGCGUGCUAGUUGUUUGCAGCUGACACCCGGCAAGUCCACCAGGUGGUUGGUUGACAAGGGUUUGGACUUUCGUUUUGGUUUUCUUUUAUUAGGAUUUAAAAUCUAUCCUUUGCCACUUAAAGUUUAAAAGAUGGCUUUUACCUUUAAAAAAAAAAGAUUAUGUGAAGUUAUUUGCCUAAAAGUUAGUUUUGUUUUUUAGUGCGCUUUCUUAGUUUUUCCUGUUUGGGGAUUUUUCAGCACACACACUUUCGUGUGUUAAUCUUCCAGGUAACUCAGAAGUUUCUGAGAAGUGAGUUGAAGGCGUAUCUUGGAAAACUAAAUUAAUAUCACUGAAAGACCAGUCAUUUUCAGCCAGAGGAUAUUAAAGAUUGUCUUCCCAAGCCCUUAAGCUUAUGGGGGUCUCAGGUUUUGUCAUUUUUUUAUAGCAGAAAAAAGUGAAGUUCUCCAGUGAAGCAGGUCUUACUGGCUAUACAUUCUUAAUAGAUUUUUUUAAAGAUGUUUUUAUUCCGUGUAUGGGUAUUUUGCCCUCUUGUAUCAUCACUUGCGUUCAGUGCCAAAGAAGGCCGGAGGAGGGCGUCAGAUCUCCUGGAAGUGGAGUUACAGAUGGCUCAGGUUGUCAUCUGCCUUGUGGUUGCACAGAACCAAACCUGCUGAACCUGCUCCAGCUCCGCUUAAUGUUAAAAAUUCUAGUGAUGAUUGUAUCAGAAUAAGCAGCUGUCUGAUCAGAACACAUAAUCACUAGUGUACUAAGGGUAUUUGUUUAAUAGACCUUAAUAUAUGCAAAUGCUAUCCACUAUACUUUAAUAAAAGCUACCAUCUGGUAAGUCGUGUUUCUUCAGACAAAGCCUGCGAUUUAGUCUCUAAACAGGAAGAAGAAAAUAAUAUUCAAAGAGUUAUCAGUUCUAUCUUAAACUUCACUGGCCUUUGUCCAAGUUGCUAAAACCUUAAAUGGUUUUUCAGUGUGCUUUUUAACUUCCUUGUUUUCCUGCCAUUUCGUUAAGAUUCAAAGGUCAAACCUUUCAAAAAUAAAUACUUAGUAAAUAUAUUGCAGCAUUUAUUCUUGUAUGAACUUUACUCUUACCUUGAAAAUUAUAGACAACUCUUUCAUCAAAUACAUAGAUAUGGACUCUGUAGUGAAAAAUGUCAAUCAAAUGCUCUCACAAGCCUUCAUACAGAAAAUAUGCUUUCAUUUCUGCUGUGCCUGCAACAGAGACAGUUGGAUGUUGUAACGUUGUCUCUGUUCUUCAUGCUAUAAAACCCCUGGAAGCCCAACCAAUUGAGUCCCCUGUGGGUAGUCCAGUUAUUUGAGAUGCUGGGGCAAGAGGACUGCUCAUAGACCCAGGAGUUCAAGACCAGCCUGGACAACAUAGACCUUGGGGAUGGGGGCAAUAACAGAAUAGCUAAUUAACUUCAAGAGUUGUAAUUCCUCCAGUGCACCCUCCCUACUCCCCUUUGAGACCGAGGAUUAAGUUCUGGCCUUCUAAAAUGUAGCCACUGAGUUCUCGCUAGUUGGCUGAUCAUCUUAGAUGAAACAUUGAAACUAAAUAAAAUGAGAGAACUCAGGCAUUACAGAGUGGAGGAGGUCUUGCCUGGAACCCCAGCAGGGGAAUCUAGAAUUGGUGCCAAACCUGCAAUACACAAGGAGACCCCAGUCUCAAAACCAAGUGAUUAGAUUAGAAAGAUUAGAUUAGUUAGAUUAGAUUGGGUCUCUAUAAUUUGUGCAGUACUAAGUUAAAUAAAAAUCAUUGACUUCCGAGUGUACUUGAUAUUAAAAGGUGAUUUAGGAUCAAAGUUAACACCACAGCUGGUAUAGCUGUAAUAAGCCAAAACUGAUUUUGGUAGCAAGAAAAGUAACUGUCAAAAUUCUGUUUCUCCCUGCCUCCCCCUCCCCCACAGGAUCUUGUUUUGUAGCCUUACCUGGCUUGGUACCUGCAAUGUAAUUCAUAAUAGCCUCUAACUCACAGUGAUCCUCCUGCCUCAGCUUCUGGAGUGCUGGGAUUACAAGUGUUAACUCUCUUGCUUUGCUAGGCCUUUCACUUUUAAAUCGAAAUGCAAUAAGUAUUGGAGGGGGUGACUGACAAAAUGACAUUGUUUCCAUGUCAGGUCUAGUAAGGCGCGUAAGUUAGGGAAAGCUUUUUAGACAGUGAGAACACCCGAAAUGUAUGUGUAUUUGUAAAAUCUAUAGUUUUAUGUAAGUUUUAUAUAGGCUUGUGAAAUUGAUAUAAAUACGUAAAAGCCUGUUUGGUUUAGCGUAGUACUUUGUAAAGGAUUUAGUCUGUUGGAAGCAUUUGAUGACAUCCUUUUACAUUACCAUUAGACCUUUAAAGAUAACUCUUUUCAAUCACCCUUUCUUGUUUCUGCUUUAGCCGAGGUUCAGUUUGAGGAAAUGUGAUGUGGAACAUGGAUGGCAGGGAUGGCUGGCAAGUUGUAGGGACUAUACUAGCAGUAGGCGACAGGUUUCUUGUUCUCUGGUCUUUGGAAGGCCUUAGUUGCUCCAUACUGUCUGCCUGUAAUGUCUUUGUAGAGGAUUCUUUUAAAGGAAAACAAAGCUUGUUAUGUUGCCACACUGUAAAUCACACCGUAUACACCCUGUCCCUUGUCCUUGACAUAUUCAGAUCUUCAGGAUUACCUAGCUGGGCAUUGUGGCACCUUUAAUCCCAGAGGCAGGCAGAUCUCUGUAAAUUUUAGGCCAGCCUAGUCUACAUAGUGAGUUCCAAGCCAGCCAGGGCUACAUGGAGGUCUCAAAAAACAACAAAAUAUCAAUUUAAAAAAAGAAGAAAGCUUAAAGUAAAGUCCUACAGAAAAUGCUGAAUGGGCUGUUUUCUACUCAGAUGGUAUAAUUCUUCAUCAAACAAAUCAUUGGAAAUCUGUUCCAAUUUGUGCUUGAGUUCUGCUAGAGAAAUGCUGAGGAUGUGGAUCCAUAUUAGUGUUGGAGUUUUGUCUGCUUCUAGUGCUGGCCAACCCUACAGUAUCUAAAGUUGAAUUUGAAACUAGAAUUUGCUAGGUGUCAGACACAGUUGGCAGUCUCUUCCAUUGGCCUUGGGCCUUACUAACUACUGGUAAAGAAUACUCAGGUAGGUAGGACUAACAAGCCCCCAACUUGACCGAGAUGUAGUGUUCUUUAUCAAGUGUACACACGAGUUAGACUGCCUAAUGAAAAUAAGGAAAUACACAAGAUAGUGUUCGUGUCCUAAUCACAGGGUAGUCUGAAUAUAAAGAUGUGAUUCUGUAUUUUUUUAAGUUGGUUAUUUAUAUUUGGUUUUGAUAUCAAAUCUGCAUAAACUUAAGAAUUUACAAGUAAGUUCUUGUUAUGGAUGACUGGAUUAGAAACCAGAAGCAACCAGUAGUAUUUAAAUACAGUUGCUGUUCUGUGCACAGCUCUAAAUCCUGGUAGUUUCUCUUAAGCAUUCUUCUCCAUCUCCUACACACACACAGGGGCCGGGGAAGGGGUAGAUUGUGCUGCAUUAGUGGUUAUGUAGACAUUAACUCUAUAAGAUUCAAUAAAGCAGAAGAAAUAGCAAUAUAUAUUAAAUUAUUUUAUAGAUUUAUAUAAAGAUUCUAUAUAAAUAUACAUAACAAAAGCUUAAAAGUGAGUGGGUUUUCUUUUAUUAACUCUUGAGGUUUUUCUCAAUUGAUUACAUGGUUUUAUGUUGGUACAUAGUGAAUACACUGUUUACUUUGGUCAUGUUGAUAGUGCAACUCUUAAAGUACUCAGAUUCCAUCAUAUUUGAGUGAAAUGUAAGUUUUUUGGCAUUCUUCAAAUAUUCAAAGUGGAAUUAUCACAGGGUAUACAUUUCUUCAUCUCACUGUCAAAUUUAGCUUACUAUUGCAGCGAAUAGUAAAAGAAAUUUGAAUCUAAUUGAACAUAAACUGAUGAAUUUUCUUUGAGGUACUAUUAAUGGUCUAUAUGAAAAGGAACUUCCAGUUAGGAACGGCAGUUUACUAAGAACUGUUUUCACUGUAUCACUAAUAUACUUGAGCUGAUAGUGUCUGAUUUGUAUGUCACUGUUCUCCAUUUUAGGUGUGGAAAUAUAAACAACACAAGUAUUUGCCUGGGGCUUUGUGAAACAAAUGCUAAGAAGACACAUAAAGAAGAUCCCUAGCAGCUAUUUCUCAACAAUUAUAUAGUCAACUGAUGUAACAAUGGUACUAAUAUUGGGACGCAGACUAAACAGAGAGGAUCUUGGGGUGCGUGAUUCCCCAGCAACUAAGCGCAAGGUUUUUGAAAUGGACCCCAAAUCUCUGACAGGUCAUGAGUAUUUUGACUUCUCUUCAGGAUCAUCCCAUGCUGAAAACAUACUCCAGAUAUUUAAUGAGUUCCGAGACAGCCGCUUAUUCACAGAUGUUAUCAUCUGUGUGGAAGGAAAGGAGUUUCCUUGUCAUCGAGCUGUCCUCUCAGCCUGUAGCAGCUACUUUAGAGCCAUGUUCUGUAAUGAUCACAGGGAGAGCCGAGAAAUGCUGGUUGAGAUCAACGGCAUUUUAGCUGAAGCUAUGGAAUGUUUCUUGCAGUAUGUCUAUACUGGGAAGGUGAAGAUCACAACAGAGAAUGUCCAGUACCUCUUUGAAACCUCCAGCCUCUUUCAGAUUAGUGUUCUCCGGGAUGCGUGUGCCAAGUUCUUAGAGGAGCAGCUUGAUCCUUGCAAUUGCCUAGGAAUCCAGCGCUUCGCUGACACCCACUCACUCAAAACACUCUUCACAAAAUGCAAGACCUUUGCGUUACAGACUUUUGAGGAUGUGUCCCAGCAUGAAGAGUUUCUUGAGCUUGACAAAGAUGAACUUAUUGAUUAUAUCUGUAGCGAUGAACUUGUUAUUGGUAAAGAGGAGAUGGUUUUUGAAGCCGUCAUGCGCUGGGUCUACCGAGCUGUUGAUCUCCGCAGGCCGCUGUUGCAUGAGCUCCUGACACAUGUCCGGCUCCCGCUCUUGCAUCCCAACUACUUUGUUCAGACAGUUGAGGUGGACCAGUUGAUCCAGAAUUCCCCUGAGUGUUAUCAGUUGCUGCACGAAGCAAGACGGUACCACAUACUUGGCAAUGAAAUGAUGUCCCCAAGGACUAGGCCACGCAGGUCUACUGGCUAUUCAGAGGUGAUCGUUGUGGUUGGAGGCUGUGAACGAGUUGGAGGAUUUAAUCUUCCAUACACUGAGUGCUAUGAUCCAGUAACAGGAGAAUGGAAGUCCUUGGCCAAGCUUCCAGAAUUUACCAAAUCAGAGUAUGCUGUCUGUGCACUAAGGAAUGAUAUUCUUGUUUCAGGUGGAAGAAUCAACAGCCGCGAUGUCUGGAUUUAUAACUCACAGCUAAAUAUCUGGAUCAGAGUUGCGUCUCUAAAUAAAGGCAGAUGGCGCCACAAAAUGGCUGUCCUCCUUGGUAAAGUAUAUGUUGUCGGAGGCUAUGACGGGCAAAACAGACUUAGCAGUGUCGAGUGUUACGAUUCCUUUUCAAAUCGCUGGACAGAAGUUGCGCCCCUUAAGGAAGCAGUGAGCUCUCCUGCAGUGACUAGCUGUGUCGGGAAGUUGUUUGUGAUUGGCGGAGGACCUGAUGAUAACACUUGCUCUGAUAAGGUCCAAUCUUACGAUCCAGAAACCAAUUCUUGGCUACUUCGUGCAGCUAUCCCAAUUGCCAAGAGGUGCAUAACAGCCGUGUCUCUGAACAACCUGAUCUACGUGGCUGGGGGACUGACCAAGGCGGUGUAUUGUUACGACCCCGUGGAAGACUACUGGAUGCAUGUACAAAACACAUUCAGCCGACAGGAAAACUGCGGUAUGUCUGUGUGUAAUGGUAAGAUCUAUAUCCUGGGUGGAAGACGGGAAAAUGGAGAAGCCACAGACACUAUUCUCUGUUACGACCCUGCGACAAGUAUCAUCACAGGGGUCGCAGCAAUGCCCAGACCAGUGUCGUAUCACGGCUGUGUGACUAUCCAUAGAUACAACGAGAAAUGCUUUAAGCUCUAAACCCAGGGUACCUCACACGAGAAGCCACGCCAGUCCAAGAGGGAAGUUUUAAAAGCUACCAAGUGAGAACACAUCUUUGUGCUGUACGCAGAAAGACAAAAAGAAAUAAAGAAAUAAUCCUGAUGCCUUUCUGCCCCAAAUAUCAAUAUUUGAAGCUGUAAUCAAUCCUUUCCUGUAACUGGGGUGAGGGGUGUUAAAAUGAGGUGGUUAAAGCCUGGCAUUGUAGUGCACACCUUUAAUCCCAGCACCCAGAAGGCAAAGGCAGGAGGAUUCCUGUGAGUUUGAACCCAGCCUGAUCUGCAUAACAAGUUCUAGGUCAUCAAGGGCUACAAAAUAAGACCUUGUCUCCAAAAAAAAAAAAAAACCAUUUGGCCUACGAAUAUACUUUUUCAUCUGUGAGAAACUGUGGGGUAGGAAAUGAUACCCAGCUGUAAACUUCUUAGGGAUUUGUGAACUGUCUUUUAGGAAUGUUGAUUUCUUUUUUGUCAGUUAUGUAGAGAAAAAUUGUAUGAAUGAAGCUUCGUUUAGAUUGAAUCACCUGAUAUUAAGAAUGUUCAGAAUUCAUUGUGAGGAGAAGAAAUACGUUUUAAACAUCUCUGUCACUGACUUUAUCCAUCCUGAUUAAUUUCAGUGAAGAUGGUUUUCUUUCCUAAUUGUAAAAAUGUAGUAACAAUUCAGUUACCAUAAAAUACCAAAUUUUGUGACUUCAUAGACUGUUCUCUGUUAUUAAAUCCCUUUUGUGAGCUUAAGUAGAAGAUAUAAAAGUAAGGAGAGCCGGGCGGUGGUGGCGCACGCCUUUAAUCCCAGCACUCGGGAGGCAGAGCCAGGCGGAUCUCUGUGAGUUCGAGGCCAGCCUGGACUACCAAGUGAGUUCCAGGAAAGGCGCAAAGCUACACAGAGAAACCCUGUCUCGAAAAAAACCAAAAAAAAAAAAAAAAAAAAAAAAAAAAAAGUAAGGAGAUUUAAAUUAUACGUUAGUCCCUAAGGAAAAAAUUAAAAUAGCUAUUGAAGAAAAAAAAUGUGAUACACUUGGGUACUCAGGGUAUUUAAUGAAUCAUCUGUGAGUCUGCUACAGAAGUUUUUCCCUUAAAACUAACAGAGGAGUUGAAAUCCCUUUUACAGAGCCAGGAGGGGGUGUACAUCUGUAUCCAGGAUCUGGACCGCGCAUCAGAAGAAACCAUACUGGGACUGAAGAGAUGGCUCAGUGUUUAAGGACACUUACUGCUCUUGCAGAGAACCCUGGUUUGGCUCCCAGCACCCGAAUUAGAUGGUUCACAAAGGCCUGUAAUUCUAGUUCCAGGAAACCCAACACCCUCUCUCUUCUCUGGGCACCUACAGGCAUGUGGUGCACAUAAAUUCACAUAGACACACAUAUGUACAUAAAAGAAAUAAAUCUUUAAAAAAAACAAAAGUACAUUUGUAGUACUGCUGUAAGAAAAACACGACAGGUUUGCUCCCUGCCCAGCACAGUGAGUUCAUCUUCUGGUCUGAUGCUUGCUCAGGUGCCUCUUCCCUGCCUAGUCAGCAUCUCGUCCUAGCAAUCUGCCGAUUCCUUGAUAGCCUAGAGCAGAGGCGCUCCUCUCAGUGGGGCCACUUGGUUGUAAGUUAGUGCUGAGCAGAAAUCUCUUACUUGGGAGCCAUUGUAUAAAAUAUUGAUCAGCACUUCCAAAUUUCUACUAAAAUUUUUUAGGUUUUUCACCUCCCAUUUCCAGUGUUCAAAGGGAAAUGCCGAAGUUUUUUCUUAGAAAUAUAAGUGGGUACAGCAGGAACUAAACUACCAAACUGAUUAUCUCGUAACUUGUGUGUGGACAGAUAGCGAUUUGCAAUGCUGUAGGCCGUCCUGGGUGUUUGCAGUGUGUGACUUCCCAGGCACCUUUGUCUCUCACAAUACAAUAUACUCCUUGUCAGUGACUAUGAUGUUACUAGAUUUCUGUUAAAGUUAAGGUAAUCAUCAGAAGCCCAACACUGGCAAACUUCUUCCUCAUCUUAGAAUAAUACAGAUAUUUCUUAAGAGUCAAUGCUUAAUUCGAAUCUAAAUUCUGAGAGAAAAAUGCUAGAAAAUACACUUAUGAAAUUGUUUUCAAGUCAUAAAUUUUAAAUUUUAAACGAUAUAACUGAUAAUUAUAGAAGCAGUUCAGAAAACAAUUAUCUGUCAAUUGAAAGACAGUUGUAUGUACAAUUGAGGGUAUUUGUACUGUAAUUUUAUAGUAAAUACCUGCAUUAUACUUUUGUUAGAUAAUGGAAACGUUUUAAUUCAGAAAUUCUUAACAGUAAAGUGUGUGAACAAAAGUGUUUUGUAAAUGCUUAGGAUUCUACAAAUCAUCGUUAUUCUCAUGUAUAUUUGUAAGAUGGUGUCCAUUCAUAAAUACAUCAUAUAAAAGACUUUCUCAAAGUAAAUUUGUAUUUCAGUAUUUUUGUCUAUUGUAAAAAUAUUAUCUACUUGUAUUUUGUAAUGUUUAUCUUUCAUAUACCCUUGUGUUUAUUGUAGUAAAUUGGAAAAAUGCUGAAAAAUCCUAAUUUGCUUAAGCAAAUCAGUUUUUCUUUAUGUAAUUUAAAACCAUAUAAAUUGAAUAGUUGCAAAUUAUGUUAACAGUCACCAGAAAGUAUCUUGAGUCCUAGAAAAUUAACUUUUUAAAGCUGCCCAAUUGAUACUUAACUUCUUUUAAUUACUUAUCUUUCUUAUAUUUUAACUUCUUUUAUUACUUAUCUUUCUUUGCUAAUUCUUGAUAAAUAGUGGUGGUAAGGCCUGGUUUAAAAAAUUAGUUUUAGGGUAUAAUUAAUAUAUUAAAAGGGAUGUAUCAACAUCUUGGUGUCAUACCAUAUUCAUGCUGUCCUCCCAUAAUUGGCAGAGUUUCUUUUGGUAGGUGAUGCUUAUGUGCAUCUCUAAGUUACCUGUAUGUGUUCAUAUAUAGACUGUAUGGUUGUGUACAUACAUCACAAAUACCCAAUGAUUUUUGCAGUUUCGUUGUCAGAAACAGAUGUGAUAAAAAAAAAAAUUAGUUGAUCGUGUUCUAUUCAAUUUGCCGAAGACUAAAUUUGAACAUUUCUAGAGUACUCUUUGUUGUUGAGACAGGAUCUCUGUAGCCUGUGCUAGCCUCAAACUCUUGGCAACUCUUUGCCUUCUGAAUGCUGCAGGCACAAAUGGAAGCCAGGACCAGUUUUCUAGAAUAAUACUUUCAUCUGGAAGUACAGAUCUGGUCAUGAGGAUCUGUGUAACAGCAGUGUUAGGGAUCAGAAAGCAAGCUGCUGGUAGAGGAGUCCACAAGAGCCUGUUGAGGUCAUCCCAGCUGGAAAGAACUUGAAGGUGUGUUUGUGGAUCAACAGAAAAUUACACUUGGGUUUUGUGUGCAUUUUUUCAUGAACUUGAAUCCUUUUCCAACUCUUCUCCAUGUAUGUGAAAAGGUGGCCUGAGUUCCUCCUUUUCUUCUGUGCCAUCCCCACUGACUCUACUAACAGGUGAAUUGAAUUUUCUGUAGCUGUUUUCGUAGACGAUUGGGAUCCAGGUGUUUACUCCAUUUCAAUCAGGUUUAAAAAUACAUAAAUGCUCAGGGAGGAUGUGAGCCUGUGGCUGCUGCCUGUUGGGGUGUGUGCAAAGUGCUGUCUCUUAAAUACUAUUCAGUUGACAACUCUAGACUAAAAUUCGUUCAGAAGCUUCACACAUGGCCGUAGUUGAACAUACGGUCUACUUAGAAGGAUGACAGUGCUUCGUGAGCUGACACAUUCUCUGGUGAGUAGGAACUGUGUAUGUAUCUGCUGUCAGCCUCCCAUUUGGAAAGACAAAGGCUGUUUUUCUACUUUUGUCCAUGUCCAAACCAGGUGGGUGCCGCUUUUUCCUGACCUGACAACAGAUUUUAAAAAUCACUGAGAGCCCAUGCACUGAGAGGGGAAGGAAGUUGAGUUACUGUGUGUGUGUUCCUUUAACAUCUCUGGAUAUAUAUGUGAAAAGGAUACAUACUCCAGACUUUUAUGUGGCACCAAGUGAUAAGAUCAUGUCUAGAGGUUUCCUGAGGACUGCCUUGUUUUGUAGUCAGUCCAAGACACCACUAGUUAACAUGAUUUGGCCUUGAUAGCCUUAGUUGUGCAUAGCUGAGUAUGCCCAUAAUUCCAGCCCCCAGGAGGUGGGGGGCUAGAGGGUCAGGAGAGUUCAAGGACAGCCAUGGCUGCAUAGUCAGUUUGAGGCCAGACUUUGCCACAUGAAAUCUCAUGUCAGAAAUAAUCAUGGAAUGUUUGACAUGGAAUUAUAUCACUUCACCCAUUAUUUUUGUUAGUAAAUAAACAAUUCACUAUACCACAUAACCAGAAUGAAGCAGUUUGGCUGACCUGUAAGCCAAUAGAUGGGACUCACUAUUCUUACAGCCACAUCUAAUGCCAGGCAUCAGACGCCACUCCCAAGAGUGUAAACUGAUAAUGCCAGAGAUGCUUUCAAAAUAUUUUAGACGUUUUAAAGCAUUGUAUCUUAAGCAGGCUGGAGAGAUGGUUCAGCAGUUAGGAACACUAGCCUUUCUGCUCCUGCAGGAAUCUGUGGGUAGGUCCGAGCACCUUCAUGGUGGCUCACAAGCGUCUGUAACUCAGUUCCUGGGGUUCCAAUACCCUCUGGCCUCCACAGGCACCAGGCACACAUACAGUGCACAUACAUUAUGUGCAAACACUCAUAGUACAGACAAAACAUUCACGCACAUCAAAAUUAAUGAAAACUAUUAAAAUAAUGUAUAUGAACCUUUUUACAUUUUUGUGAUUACCUUAAAUAUUAAGCUUAUAUCAUAUUAAAGGUGAUCCUGAGUUUUAAAAAGUGAAGUCAUAACUUUAUGUAUCUUUCCAAAGAAGUUUUGUUGGAAUGUUUGUGCCUUAAGCCCCCCAGUGCACUGAAGUCUGAUAAAAUUAGGCAUGCAUAAACUGCAAAUUUGCCUCCUAUGCAGUAAUGCGUGUCUUUAUUUUUUUGUUGUUUGGUUUUUAUUUUUCAUUUUUGUUAUUGAAACCGGGUUGGUUUUACCUUUUGAGUCAGGGUCAUAUAUAGCUCCGACUGGCCUAGAACUCUGUUUUUGCUAAAGAUGCUCUUGAACUCCAAUUGUUCUUUAUCUCCCAAGUUCUUGGAUGAUAGCAUGUGCUACCACACCUGGCUGUUUGGGUUCUUGUCUGUGGAUUGGUUGGUUGGUCGGUCGGUCGAUUUAAUGUAGCCCCAGCUGGCCUGGAACUUAGUACAUGGCCAGGCUGGCCUUGAGCAACUGCAAUCCUUCUGCCUCUGUCCACCACACCCAUCUGUCCUGAAGUGCGUUGGUGAGUUCCAAGUGUGUCAUUGCUUGGCAGAAAGAGAAUGUUAAAUGAGGUUGUUGCUUGGUUUACAUUUUUAACUCUUGGUACCUAGGUGCUUUUAAAAUUCUCAGAUAAACACCCAUUAUGUUCUCAUAAAGGUCAUUUGAAAUAUCUAAUAGUGAAGAAACUAUGUGUAGUUAUUUCUGUUAUGUCUUUAUAUUAGUCAUUAGUUCUGCUCUGGGCUUUUUCUUCUAAUUUUCUUGAGAAAGCACUUCCUCUUCCUUGUCACCCCCCUGCAGUGUGAGUUUCCAGAGCUCUCUGAGGUAAGGCUUUCAGAACUGAACAACCAUAAUGUGCUUUACUGUAAAGCCACACACCUAUUGCUUUCGGUUUGAAUCUUCACAAUGACAAAAGGAUGUUUUCUGUGUUCUUCUUCUUGGCUCUGUUGUAGUACAUUAAUGCUUAUGUUUUUGUUUAAUGGCACUUCUUCCAUAGUUUAAAUUUUUAAAAGUUGUAUCUAAUGUCUUUUAAAUAUUACUUGACUAUAUGGUUGCAUUAAAUUUUGUUUACCAAAAAUCUGA